CCAGCGUAAGUAGAAUGUCAUGGCGAUAAACAACAACUUAGAGUAUAAAAGUAAAUUAUUCGCUAUUGGAAAUCCUCUUCUUGACAUCUCAGUAACUGAGGGAGCUCAACAAUUGUUGGAACAAUAUAAGCUCAAGGCUAACGAUGCUAUUUUGGCAGGUGAAGAACACCAACCAAUCUACGAGCAAGUUAGAACUACAUUGUCACCAUUGUACUUAGCUGGUGGUGCUGGUCAAAACACAGCACGUGCAGCUAGCUACGUACUCCCAGAAGGCAGUGUCGUUUACACAGGUGCUGUUGGUAACGACAACUUCGCCAAGACACUCCGCGAAGCAAACGAGAAGGAAGGCGUAGAGAGCGCUUACCAAGUUGUUGAAGGUACCUCAACUGGUGCAUGUUGUGUUCUUAUCACCGGUCAUGACCGUUCACUCUGCACCAACCUCGCUGCCGCUGAGAAGUUCACUGUCGAUCACCUCCGUUCAGCUGAAAUCAAGCAAAAGAUCGAAGAAGCCUCACACUUCUACAUUGGCGGUUUCUUCCUUACCCAUGGUUUAGAGAGUGCCCUCGAAGUUGCUAAGCACUCAGCAAGCGCCGACAAGACUUUGGCAUUUAACCUCUCUGCACCAUUCAUCCCACAAUUCUUCAAGGAUCAAGUCGAUCAACUCAUCCCAUACGCUGACAUCGUCUUCGGUAAUGAAUCAGAAGCUGAAGCAUACGCCCAAUCACAUGGUAUUGCUGACACCUCAGCAAAGAACAUCGCUCAACACAUCGCUAGCCUUCCAAAGACCAACUCAGGCAAGGACAGAAUUGUCGUUAUCACCCAAGGUGCUCAAGAAACUGUUGUUGCUAUUGGAACCAAGUCAGUCACUUCUUACCCUGUCACACCACUUGCAAAGGAUGCAAUCGUCGACACAAAUGGUGCAGGUGACGCCACCGCUGGAGGUUUCGUCGCUGCUUUCGUCCUCGGAUCACCAAUCCCAGAAUGUGUCGAAGUUGGCCACAAGCUUGGUGCUAUGUGCAUCCAACAAAACGGACCUCAACUCCCUUACCCAAAGCAAAAAGUUCUCUAGAUUGGAUAUCAAUUAAAAAAUCAAAUGUAUUACGUUCAACCGUCUUUUUAUACACUUAGUUAUAUUGCAUAUAUUGACCUGUAGAUGAGAACUUGGUACCUUGUCUGAUAACCUUGUCAACACUAUCCAAGAAGUCCUUUUCACUCGCGACCUUGCGUCUAGCUCUAAUUGCAAACAUACCUGCUUCUGUCGCUACUGAUCUGAGUUCUGCACCUGUGGCAUUUGGACAGAGUCUCGCUAUUAAUUCGAAUCUAAUAUUCCUUUCACAUGACAUAGAUCUUGCGUGAAUCUUUAAGAUAUGGGCUCUACCUUGGUUAUCAGGCAGACUGAACUCUACUCUUCUAUCCAGUCUACCUGGUCUAAGAAGAGCAGGAUCAAGUGUAUCAGGUCUAUUUGUUGCCAUCAAAACUUUGAUAUUACCUCUUGCAUCGAAACCAUCAAGUUGGUUGAUUAAUUCCAACAUAGUUCUUUGUACUUCAUUGUCACCACCUGCACCAUCAUCAAAUCUAGCUCCACCGAUAGCGUCAACUUCAUCAAAGAAGAUAAUACAUGCUCUUUUACUCCUUGCCAUUUCGAAAAGUUCUCUAACCAUUCUUGCACCUUCACCAACGUAUCUCUGUACUAAUUCUGAACCAAUAACUCUAAUGAAUGUCGAGUCUGUUCUGUUUGCUACUGCUCUGGCACAUAAUGUCUUACCAGUACCUGGUGGUCCAUAAAGAAGAACACCUUUUGGUGGGUCAAUACCCAAUUUCUCAAAUCUUUCUGGGCUAAGUAAUGGAAGUUCAACAACUUCACGCAACUUCUCGAUCUGUUCUUUGCAUCCACCGACAUCAGAGUAAGUGAUAUCUGGCUUCUCCUCGACCUGCAUCAUUGUGACGGUAGGAUCAAUUCUUGGUGGUAAAGGAAUUUGAAUUUGGUAUUUUUGACGAUCGACAC